GCAGAUGCUCUUUUUGAAUGACUGUUGUAUUUCUUCUCUGUUCCUUCACCAGAUCUGUUUUCUUCUGCCAGGUGUUCAGAUCACAGCUCAGUAUCUCUUCAGUCAGUGAUCAAGAUGCCUACAGAGCAGGGUUACAGCCAGUUAGCCAGUGGAAAGCCUAUGGCCUCAAGGGCUAUCCAGGGUUUAUUUUCAUACCAAACCCUUUCCUUCCGGGCUGCCAGCGUCACUGGGUGAAACAGUGUCUCAAGCUGUACCCCCAAAAGCCCAAUGUCUGCAACCUGGACCUGCACAUGGCUCCUGAGGAGACCAUUGAUCUGUGGGGGCAGAGCAAGGAGCAGUUGAGAAGGAAAGGUUCUGGUAAAAAGGAGCCCAGAAGUUUAUUGGAGAAGCUGCGCUGGGUGACCCUUGGUUACCAUUAUAAUUGGGAUACCAAGAAGUACUCAGCAAAUCACCACACUCCUUUCCCUUCAGACCUCGUGUUCCUGUCUGAACAAGUGGCUGCAGCAUGUGGGUUCCGGGGUUUUCAAGCCCAGGCUGGGAUCUUGAACUAUUAUCACUUUGAUUCUUCUCUGGGAAUUCACGUGGAUGAGUCUGAAUUAGACCAUUCUCGGCCCCUUUUAUCAUUCAGUUUUGGGCAGUCGUCCAUAUUUUUGCUUGGGGGCCUGCGGCGGGGGGGGGGCCCCCCCGCCCUGUUCAUGCACACGGGGGACAUCAUGGUGAUGUCCGGCCUGAGCCGCCUGCUGUACCACGCGGUGCCCCGCGUGCUGCCCGGCCCCGGCGGGGCGGCCCUGCCCGCUUGCCUGGAACAAGCACAAUCUUCCGACCUUCCCGCCGGCUCCGUCAUCGAGCGCAGCUCGGAGGAGGACUGGCAGGUCUGCGCCAAGUACUUGCAGUCUUCACGCAUUAAUAUGACUGUCAGGCAGGUGCUGUCUGACGGACAGAAAUUUCCAGAGGAAUCUGGGACAAAUGGAAAAGGCCAGGCACCCACCAAAGAUGGUCACCACCAGGAGAAGAGCAGAGCCAAGAGACACAAAACAGACAGCUGA